AUGACGAUUUUCUCCUUCCCCACGUCCACUGAGACGUUUCCAUGGCUUCUUCUCCUUCUACUCCCUCCACUCCUCAUCCUCUUCAAAACCUAUCUCCUCCCCUCCUCCAAGAACCUCCCGCCAUGUCCACCAAAGCUCCCCAUCCUAGGCAACAUCCACCAGCUCGGAAACCUCCCUCACCGCAGCCUCAGAGACCUCUCCCUCAAAUACGGCCCCGUCAUCACCGUCUACCUGGGAAGCGUCCGCACGGUGGUCGUCCACUCCCCCGAAACCGCCGAGGAAGUCUUGAAACUCCACGACUCCGAAACCUGCACGCGCCCCGCGCUCUCCAUCACCAAGAGCUUCUUCUACGACGGGCUCGGCCUAGGCUUCACCAAGUGGGGAGAUUACUACAGAGACGUGCGCAAACUCUGCGUCCUCGAGCUUUUCUCCGUCAAACGAGCCAACUCGUUCCGGAACAUAAGAGAGGAGGAGCUGAGCCGGCUUGUUGACUCGCUGUCCGACUCAGCGGCGUCUGGAUCUCAGGUUGAUCUGACGGGGAAGCUGGCGAAGUACGUGGCGAGUUUUACUUCUCGGAUGGCGUUAGGGUUUAGUUUUGUCGGGAGUGGGAUUGAUAACGAUAGGUUUCUUGAGAUUUUUACGGAGGCGAAUAGAGUGAUAGGGAAGUUCGCGGCGGAGGAUAUUUUUCCGGUGUUUGGGUGGGUUGUGGAUCGGAUCUCGGGGCUUGAGGCUAGCCGGAGGAAGAGCUUUCGAGAGCUCGACACGUUUUAUCAGAAAGCUAUUGUGGAUCAUCGAGAGAGGAAGAAGACGGGGGAGGAGCGUGAAGAUCUUAUUGACGUGUUGUUGAAGCUACAGAGUCAAGAAACUAAACUUGGUUCUUCACGGAUUACUGAUAAACACAUCAGAGCCAUUCUUAUGGAUUUGUUUGUAGCAGGCAUAGACACAUCUUCAGUAACAAUGGACUGGACAAUGGCAGAGAUUGCAAGACACCCAAGAGUGAUGAAGAAAGUACAAACCGAGAUACGUGAACGAGUAGGAGACAAAGGGAAAGUAACGUACGAGGAUCUCGAAGGUCUAGAAUACAUGAAGAUGGUAAUCAAGGAGACUUGGAGGUUACACGCACCGAGUCCAAUUCUAAUUCCAAGAGAGGCAAUGUCAAGAUUCAAAAUCAGCGGCUAUGACAUAUAUCCUGGAACACGGAUUCAUGUUAACACAUGGGCCAUUGGUCGUAGCCCUGAUGUGUGGAAGGAUCCUGAUGAGUUUAUCCCUGAGAGAUUUUUGGAUAGCAAUGUGGAAACUAAAGGGACGAGUUAUGAGUUGUUGCCGUUUGGGAGUGGGCGGAGAGGUUGUCCGGCCAUGUAUAUGGGAUUGAGUACGGUGGAGUUCACUUUGGCGAAUCUUUUGUAUCAUUUUGAUUGGAAAGUGACGGAGGAAGUGAGUGUUGAUGAAACGCCUGGUCUCACUAGCCACAGGAAGCAUCCUCUUUGUCUUGUGCCUGUUAAUGUCAUAAACCGCUUGUCUUAGGGUUUGGAAAACGCAACCGAAAUUUGCGUUUUGCAGAGAAUAAGGGUCAAUCAAGUUUGUUUGUUUGAAUCUUGACUCAUCAGAAAGUUCAAAUAAAGUGGCCAAGAUGUUAAGUUGACUGCUACCUACUACACA